GUUAAUGAUUGUGUAUAAGGAAUUAUUUGAAACAGAUUGUUUAUAAACUAUUACACAUUAUUACAUUGUUUGACAUUGAUUUAUGAAUGAAAAUCUAUAUGGAUUAUUUAAACUAGAAAGAUGUCAAUGAAGAAAAAAAUUCCUUCCAUAUAUAAUAAUAUACAAAUAGAAUAACAAUUGUUUCUGUUCAAUCAACAGUGAAUAUCCGAACUCGUGAUUAAAAAAAUGCUGGGGCGUGUGAGGAUAAUCUGCUUGGUUGAACUAAGAUUUUGGUUUCCAAAUUUUUUAGCAUUACAAGUGUGAUCCACAUGCCGGAAAUAUAUCCCAAUAGAUUCAAAUGAUAAUUAUUCAAUGAAAUUUAUAAAUAAUUUCUAAUUUGUAAAUUGAUCCUCUCAAUUCAAUCUUAUUGAUCGUUGAAAAAGUCUGUUUUUUUCGCUGAGAGAGAAAGAGGGAUAAGGUGGGGGUGGGGAAGAGAAAAAAAUCUUUACUCAAAUUUUAUUAUUUUUCCCAAAAAAAUUUUUAAAAAUUUUUUUUUUUUAAUGUUCCAUAUAAGAAUUGAUCAUUUCAUGAAGAAUAUUACUGAAAUAAUUUAAUAAAUCAUCAUUAUGUUAACAAAAUUGAUCAUAAUUUGAAAAAAGCAUUUCUCUAACCAAAUUCUCAUAAUGAAAUUACAAUCUGUACAGAAUACAUCGAAAACAAAUAUUAUGAGAAAAAAAAGAGAGCGUAAACAUCGAAGUAAAAUGUCUAAUACUGUGACAUUAUCAUCUUGUUUGCUAUUGUCUUCAUCUUUAGACCAAAAGAAAACAGUAAAUGAUGAAUUGAGUGAGAAACGUGUUAAUCUAAGAAAAGAACGAUCUCGUUUAGCUGCACAAAUUAGACGUAAUCGAGAAGGUCAAAGUUUAAUGCUAAUACAAAAUGCUCUACCAAUAUCUUCUCAUGUUUUAGGAUUAAAUUUAGUUCAACAAAAUUCAAAAUCAUCUAAUUCGAUCAAUGGAACGAAACAAAUAAAUCAAUCAUCAGAAAAUAAUAAUGUAAUUAAUUCAGGUACAAUUGGACGUGGACAAAAGAAGACUACCUAUUUUAAUUCAUCAAUGUCAAACACAAUGACAGGAUUUUUAACAACAACAUCAACAGAACUAUCGUCAUCUACAAUUUCUAAUAUACCAUCAGCUAUUAAUUUAGAAAAGACUAGAGUACUUCGUAUUGCUGGACAUACAUUAUUUCUUCUUAACAAAUUGUCUUCCUAUCUUAGAUUACAAGCAAAACUUUGUUUAACUUUAAAUAGUCAAUCAUUGUAUGGUAUGUUGAUUGAUGCAAAAGAAAUGAGAAUUGCUUAUGUAACACCUGCUUUAGCUAAAGCUAUUGGUUGGUCAUGGAUAAAACUUUUAGGUGCUCCUUUACAUAAAUUAAUAAAAUUUACAGGACUGUCUCAAAAUUCUACAGAGACUCAUACAAAAUUAUCAUCUAAAUCUCAAUAUUCUCCAUUCAUUUCAUCAUCUCAUUUCAAUAAAACAAUCAAAGCUUCAAUUACUUGUUCCUCUCAUCCUAUUCAAGAAACUUCUUGUACAAAUCUUACUUCUAUCAAUAGUAAUGAUGAAUAUAUUAAUAAUAUUACUGAUAAUGAAUUUAUUUUACCGGAAUUUAUUACUUUGUUAAAAUCCAACUCUAAUGAACAACAUUUAUUGUGUACAUCAAAGAAUAAUAAACUGGAUGAGAGAAUAUUGAAUUCUUCCUUGAUGUUGGAUAAUAAUAUAAACAAUAAUAAUAAUAAUAGUAAUAAUAAUAAUAAUAAUAAUAAUAAUAAUGAUAAUACAAUGAAUACCACAUUUUCUAAUGUCAAUGAUAUAAAUACAAAUGGAUUUACUGGUACCAUUUCAAAAUCUCAUCGAAUAAUCAAUUCGGAUUCAUAUUACAAUAAUAAAAUGAAGAAUAUGAAUAAAUCUAUUAGAAAAUCUUCAUCUACACCAUUGAUAUCAUCUAAAUUAGAAUUAGAUAGAUUUAUACCUGGAAACAAUAUUACAAAUAUAAUCAAUUCAUCUAUUGAUAGUAACAAUAAUUGUAAUUUCGAUGAUCAAUUGCAUACAAAAUCAUCUCUUCAAAAUAAUAAUGAUAAUGAAUUGAUAUGUUACUGUUGGAGUAAUUUAAUGAUCAAUAUAUUUACUGAUGAUUCUACUGGAUUCAGUGAAAUUUUGAAUUCAUUAGAUGAAUGUAAUGUAAAUAAUAGUUCCACUGAUGAUAGUAACUAUAUCAAUGGUGAUGAUAAUGAUUAUGAUGAUGAUAAAUCUCUAAUCAAUAAUGAAUUAUUGGAUAUAUUAAUGAAGGAUUCAUUUUCUCAAGAUUCUUCAACUUUUGAAUCUUCAUGUGAUAAUUCUCACCCUUUUUCCAUAAUCAAUAAUCCAUGUAAUUCAUGUGAUAGUUUUGAUGAGAUUAGUUCAACUUUAUCUACUGGAUUGUACUUAUGUCUUUUACAGCCUGUAUGCAGUAAAACUUCAUCAUUUGAUGAUUUGACAAAUCAUGUGUAUUCCAUAAGCAACGAUACUGAAUAUAAUCAUAAUAACACUAUUAGUAAUGAUAGUAAUGAUAAUAAUAUUGGUGGAGACAUAAAUCAAAAUAAUCUCUUAGAUUCAUCUGUCCAUUCACUUGAAGAUUCACAAAAGUCAGCUGCCAAUGAUAAACAGGAUUCAUCAAUUUCUUGUGAGUUACAUAAAAACAUCAAUAUUAGACAGUCAGAUGAAUCAUUAACGGAACUCUGCAAUGUUGAUACGACAACAUCAUCAUCAGUACUUAAUGUAUCGACGUCAAUGAAAAUCCCUUCCCUUGAACAAAACAAGGAAUGUAGACAAUCAAAAUCUUUCCAAUGUCAUAUAUAUUUAAAUUGUGCUUUGACAAUAAAAAUGGUUCAAGGAAAUUAUACAGACUGUUUCGAUAUUGAAGAUCUGAGUGGUAUAAUCAAUUAUUCUUAUCUUGAGUUUAUUCAUCCUGAUGAUCUACAAAAUGUUAUUACUAUUUUUACUAGAAUAAUUCAUACAAAUUCUCUGGCAUGGAUCAGUCCAUACAGAGUAUCAGUACACAAUAAAAUGGUAAACAAUAAUACUGAAAAAUCUUAUCGUUGGAUACGUAGUUUAGUAUCGUACAACAAAAUGAAAAAUAUUUUUAUAUGUUCCAGUCAGUUUCUUGGAUUAUGUGAAUUAUACACUUGUGCUGUUGGAUCGAAUCAAAGAUUACUAAGUGUAACUUUUGAACUUUCACUUAAACAAUUUGAAUUAAAACUAAAUAAUACUAUCAAUGACAAUUAUAUCUCUUCUCAAAACAUAAUGAAACCAUUCAAAUGUAAUCCUUCAAAUGAAUAUUCAAUUAAUCGUCGUUAUCAUCAACAAUUGAAAAGUAAACAAGUUCGUAUAUCUAAUUCAUCAUUUCGUCCUGUACGCUUAAAAAAACCAUCUACAUCAUUAGUGAUUAAAAAUAGUAACCUUAUUAAACCUAUCAAAUUGUUUCCAUUUCAAUCUACUCAAUAUAUAAAACAACAAUCAGGACAAGGAUAUAAUCAGAUUAUUUCUACAAAUAAUCAGAUUAGAUCCAUUAGGCUACUUUCAUUGAAUAAUAAUGGUAAUAAUAAUAAUAAUAAUAAUAAUAAAGUGUCUUAUUUAUCUCAUUUGAAUGCACAUUUAUAUGAUACUACUAAGGCUAAUGAUAAUAGUUAUAAUAUACAAAUAAAUUCUGUAUUAAAUAUUUCUACAACCAAAUCUUCAUUGCAUCAUUCUCCUUCAAAUAUAUCAUCAGUUCCAUAUUAUGUAAAAUCUAUGUUACCAGUAGUUAACUAUACAUCAUUAUCAUCAUCAUCAUCGUCAUCACCUUCAAAAAAGUUAAUUUUCUUAUCUUCAGCUUCAUCUUUACCAUCAACUGUUUCAACAAAAUCAAUAAUGUUAAAUAAAUUACAAACAUUUAAUACUUCCAAUAUAUCUAAGAAUAAAUUUCGAUAUGAUGAUAAACGUGGUAAAUAUACUGAAUAUUCAACAAUGUGCCAAGACAACAAACCUACAAUUUUACAUACUACUACUACUACUACUACUACUACUACUACUACUACUACUAAUAAUAAUAAUAAUAAUAAUAAUAAUAAUAAUAAUAAUAAUAUUCAUUCUUCAUCAUAUUCACAAAUAAAUUAUCUUUACAAUCAAAUGGUACUUGCUCAUGACAACAAUAAAACAUUGAACCCAAUCAAAUUAACUGUAAAACCUGUUUAUAAUGAUCAUCAAUGGAAAUCUGGAGAUAAUUGGUCAUCAUCUUUAACAGACAAUUCAUCACCUCAUUCAGUAUAUUCAUCUCAUGGAUCAAGUACAUCAAUCGAUCUUAGUCCAAAUGAACAAAAUCUAACAGAUUUAAGUGUGAGUAUGCAAAUGGAAGCUACUGUUAGUGAACUAUUAGAAUCAAUACCAUUAUCAAACAAAUUAUCAUAUGAUAAUGACGGAGUACAAAUGCAUAUAGAUUUUAAUGGUAAUUCAUAUGAUUCAAAUAUAUUUGAGCACGAAGACUCAGAACUAUUACCAUUAGAUUCUGAUUUUGAAAUUAGUGAAAAUUUUACUGGAUUCCAACCAGAUUUGAUACCUGAUUCAAAUUUUCUCAGUAGUCCUGUUUAAAGAAAUAAAAGGAAUGUACCGAAUUCAAAUAAAACAAACACUUAAUUGAAAUUAUGAAAGAAGCUUAAAUCCUAUUCUUAGUUACAUCUUUAAAAGAAAGAAAAUAAUCAGCAAACUACUACUAAUAUCUGUUCAAAGUGAACAAAUUUCGAUCAUCAUCAUUUCAUGUCUGUAUAUUUUCUUAUGAUUUUGUCUUCAUUUAAAAUGUUAUUUAUUGAAAGUGAAAAUAUUGCUUAGUUCCUUUUUCAUAUAUCCUUACUCCUUUGACUAGUACUUCCCUACCUAUCUAUCUAUCUAUUCAUAUAUUUGUGUAUCUACAUAAUUACCUUACUUAAAUAACUUAUUUAUCUGUAUAAUUUAUAUUCAAUGUUAACCCCGCAUUGUUAGUCCAGAAGAGAAUUUGAUAUUUAAGAAAAUGUGUAGUAAUGUAUACAGAAGUAAUUUUGAACGAAAACAUGAAAAAGGAAAAGCAUAUUUCUAUUUAAUAAGAACAAAUUAUUUUUUUAUUCAUUGACUUCUUGUUAAGUUACGAGGCGAGAAUACAAGGGAGAAAGAGUGAGAGAGGGAAAUAGACGGAGAAAAAAGUGCGAAAGAAAGUUAAAAUAAACAUAGAUUAAGAACAUUUGAAAAAAAAGGAAUUGGAACUUACAAUUUUAAAACAAACUAUUUUUUAAGCAAUGAUGGAUAGUGGCUAACAGUGGAAUCCAAGACGCGCGUUUCGUCCCAUUUGGGACUCGUCAGCUGGAUGUACCUGCAUCUCAGAGUUGAUGUUCACUCUGGGACUCGAACGCAGUACCAUUCGCUUCAAACGCCAUCGCGUUAUCCACUCAGCUACUGAGUCCUGACCAUUAUUUAAAUCUAGAAGGAACUAAUUGAUACCAAAAAUGGUUGUAUUUAGAUUGAUUUACAUGAAUUUACAAAUUCAAAACAUCACUGAUGUAUUUUAAACUUAUGACAAGUAAAGAAUUAUACCUAAAAAUGAUAUACAACCAAGAUUUUCACUUGACAAUAUAACUUAUUUUUAUAACAUCAUUUUUUGCGCCAAUAAAGAUUUGUGAUAAGUUUGUCAUAAAGCUAAAGUAAUGAGAAUAAUGGAGGUGGUAUUUGAGAGACAAAAUAUUAGAGUCUUAGUUCGAUUUGUCAAGUACUAUAGUCAUUGACAGUUUGCUUAUUAAAUCAUUAUUAACCUUUUGUAAUCUUAAAAUAUUCCUGCAAGUCGAUAUUUCCAUGCUUAUUCGUUUUAUAUUACAUGUUAGACAUAGGAACAUAAUAUGUAAGUCUCUUUACUGUAUUGGGUUGAUUAUAAAUGAGAACAUUGAUGAAGAUUUCGAUAUCAAGAUGAAAAAUAACUUUUCUCUGUGUGCAAAGCUUUUUAUCAUCACAACUAUGAUCAUAUUACUACAACUAAUGAAUUAAUUUUUCCCUUCAUAUCUAAUACUUCACAUGUCCUGAAAGAAUAGCAAAAGAAUUUCAGUUGUAAAAAGAAGAGGAUAUAACUGUGAUAAAAUUCAAAUCGAUUAUAUCAAUGUGAUGAAAUCAAUCCAUUACUUUUACCAAACUAUACUAAUUAUCUGAUGGAAUAACAAUAAUACAAAUGUAAUCAUUCCUAAGGAUUUAUUAACAAUUAAGAAAACAGAGGAGAAUAAUAGGUUAAGAAGAAUAAGGAAAGGAAAACGGUCAAAAUCACCAAGGGAAACCUGAAAAGAAAACACACUAUAUAAAUAAGUAUUUCACAUAGGAAAGUGUAUACACAUCAUAUAAGAUAUAAGAACGACAUGAAGAUAUAAUAAAAUAUGACAAUAUAAUAUUGAUUUAUGAUACUUCUUUUUUCUUCAUUUCAUCAAACAAUCUUCAUCCACAUGAAUAAUACCAUUAAAAUUGUGAUGAAUAUAUCAAUUAAGUAUAAAAUGGGAUAGAAAAUAGUGUGACAUGGAUUGGUUAGUAAUAAAAGAGGACCUAUUUUGAAAUGUUUCUUCUUCUUCUUUAAACAGAAUAAUAUUACAAUAAAAAUAAAUUCUAUGGAAUAAACAGAUUUUCAUUGGCAUAUAAUAAUAAUAAGUAACAUAAAGGUAUGAACAUUUGUUACUGAGAGAAAGAAAUUUAUUAGUUUUCAUUUCUUUGACAAUAUUUAAUGUAUCAUAAAAGGAACAAAGCAUGCGAUGGUGCGGUAGAGAGCGGGGGGGGUGGUGGCGGAGAAAACUGUACAUAUAUAUAUGAAAAUUAUGCAUAUUUAUUAUUUGACAUUCAUUUGUUGAAAUAAUACCAUGUACAUAAUAUAUUGAAAUAUCAGAAAAUGGAUAAAACACUAAUCAAUAUAUCGUUGGAAGACAGAGAUACUUA